AUAAAAUGAAAGAAAAAAAGAAAAAAUAAAAUAACAAAAAGGACAACCCUAUAUGAAAGCUCUCUCUCGGGAAAUUGCAGAAAACACAGCGCAUUCUCUCUUUUUUAUUCACACUCUUUUCACUCUCUCCACAUUUCAUCGAUCUCCGAUGGAGCAGUAUGAAAAAGUUGAGAAGAUUGGUGAAGGAACAUAUGGAGUGGUGUACAAGGGUCGUCAUCGCACAACUAAUGAAACUAUUGCUCUGAAGAAAAUCCGGCUCGAGCAGGAAGAUGAGGGAGUACCGAGCACAGCUAUCAGAGAGAUCUCACUCUUGAAAGAGAUGCAACAUGGGAAUAUUGUAAGGUUGCAGGAUGUUGUUCACAGUGAGAAGCGCUUGUAUCUGGUAUUUGAAUAUCUGGACUUGGAUUUAAAGAAACAUAUGGAAUCUUGUCCAGAAUUCUCUCAGAAUCCUCGUCUGGUUAAAACAUUUUUGUACCAAAUACUACGUGGAAUUGCUUAUUGUCAUUCUCACCGUGUCCUUCACCGAGACUUGAAGCCUCAAAACUUGCUGAUAGAUCGACGUACUAAUGCAUUAAAACUUGCAGACUUUGGAUUGGCCAGAGCAUUUGGUAUUCCUGUCAGGACAUUUACACAUGAGGUUGUGACUCUAUGGUACAGAGCCCCAGAAAUACUACUUGGAUCACGCCACUAUUCUACUCCGGUGGAUAUAUGGUCAGUUGGUUGUAUAUUUGCUGAGAUGGUAAACCGGCGACCCUUGUUUCCUGGGGACUCUGAAAUUGAUGAACUCUUUAGGAUAUUUAGAAUCAUGGGCACCCCGACUGAAGAUACCUGGUCAGGAGUGACAUCUCUGCCUGAUUUUAAAUCAUCAUUUCCGAAAUGGCCACCCAAGGAGCUGGCAACUGUAGUUCCAAAUCUUGAUUCAGCUGGCCUUGACCUCCUUGGUAAAAUGCUAUGCUUAGAUCCCAGCAAAAGAAUUACAGCCAGAAGUGCUCUUGAGCAUGAGUACUUUAAGGAUAUUGGGUUUGUCCCGUGAUAUGUUGUUCUCUCAUCCCAGUGCAAAUGUAUAUUGGUAUGUGGCAUCUCUGGGGUUCUAAUUGUCAGAUAAGAAACAUGUGAUAUGUAGGUGAUAUUAUCAAUCUGUUUCUGCUUGCUUGCAUGUAAUUCAAUUUACAUCGAAGUGUUUGUGGUCUCAGCAAUUUGGAAUUCGCAAUUGCUGUUUUUUGGCUUCUUGUGUGAUUGUGUCAAUUUUUUCCUUUCCCUUUUACCCAUGCUGAUGUAAGACAUGUUUAGCUUUUGUUUCUCUUCUUCAAUAGAUAAAUGGUGUGCCAUUAGUUGUUAA